ACCAGCCGCACUGGCAGGGGCCCCAAGAGGGUGGCCUCUUGACACACUCCACUGCCUCCCUCCCCAGGCUCCCUAAGGCUGCGGAAACAACCUAGAUCAGGACGGGUGUGGUGUGUGGUCUGCACACAGCCCUUCUCUGGGGGGCUCCCCUGAGCUCCAUACACACCAGAGAGGGAGCAGGAGAGAGAGGACAAGCAGAUCCAACAGCCCAGACUCCAGGGGAAUAAGGGCAUCGCCUCAUUUGGUGAAGGCCACUCCCUUCUGAUGGAGGAUGGGAACUCCCUUCCUCCCGAGGCGGCCUGCCUGCAGCGGUCCUGAUAGGACAGUGUAGACGCUGUAGGCUGCCGCAGCUGCCGUCACCCCAGAAAGACAGUGCCCCAGAGCCAAAGCAGCGCCUUGAAAGCGUGGUAACCAGGAGCUGCUGAGCCAUGGCUGAAGGGGAAAUCACAACCUUCACGGCCCUGACCGAGAAGUUUAAUCUGCCUCCAGGGAAUUACAAGAAGCCCAAACUCCUCUACUGUAGCAACGGGGGCCACUUCCUGAGGAUCCUUCCAGAUGGCACAGUGGAUGGGACGAGGGACAGGAGUGACCAGCACAUUCAGCUGCAGCUCAGUGCGGAAAGCGUGGGGGAGGUGUAUAUAAAGAGUACGGAGACUGGCCAGUACUUGGCCAUGGACACCGACGGGCUUUUGUACGGCUCACAGUCACCCAAUGAGGAAUGUUUGUUCCUGGAAAGGCUGGAGGAAAACCAUUACAACACCUACACAUCCAAGAAGCAUGCAGAGAAGAAUUGGUUCGUUGGUCUCAAGAAGAAUGGAAGCUGCAAACGCGGUCCUCGGACUCACUAUGGCCAGAAAGCAAUCUUGUUUCUCCCCCUGCCAGUCUCCUCUGAUUAAAGAAAUCUGUCCUGGGUGCUGACCACUCCAGAGGAACCUGAAGGGGUCCUCACCCGGUUGA